AUAAAUGAGCAAUCAAAAUAAAUUGUAUUAUACUAUGAUAGAGGUAUCCAAAAAGCACUAAGAGAGUGCUGAAGAAAAACCCUCACUUUGAUUUGUGAAUAAGAGAAAAGGUGAUGGUUGAAUUAAAACUUGGAGAAUCAGCUAAAGUUAGUCAAGAACCUCUUCUUAGCUGAAAGUAAGAGAACACCAAGAGGAGAAAAGAAAGCUCUAAGUCACAGAGGUGAAAAGAACAUGCCAUCUUUGGGAAACCGUCAGUAGGACUGGCACAUAUGGGGUGUUGACAUGAGGGCUGAAGCCAUGCUUGCAAAUGGAAUCACCCAGGGAGAAUGUGAUGAGGAAGACAAUGUCAGUAAUAACAUUAAAGAGUAAAUGGAGAAGGAAGUGGAGCCCUUGAAGAAGACUGAGAAGGGGCAGCCAUAAGGACAGGUGGAAACCAGGAGAGAGACAUGUGUCAGAACUCAAAGGAAGCCAUGGACAGUGAUGACAGGCCACACAACUAACUCAUGGACUAAGAAGAGGAAAGUAGCAACUACAUCAUUAGAAAUCUUAUGUCGGUGGUUGGAAAAGUCAAUGGAAAUCAACGUAUUAUAGAAGCUAUGGGGUAGAUGUGAUUUUCAGGUCGAUCAGCUGGAAGAGGGGAUUUAUGGAGAGAGAGAAAUUACUAGAAGUGGUACAGAGUGAAAAUAAAGGACUUUUAAAAGUUGGCCUUAAAAAUAGUGAACACAUCCUGCUUUCUAUGUGUCAGGAGCUCUUUUGAACACUUUACAUGUAUUUUAACAAAUGUCAUCCUCAUAAUAACUCUAAGGUGUAGGUUCUGUUACUAUCCCCACUUACAAAUUAGACACGUGAGGCACAGAGAGGUUAUGGAUCCUCCCAAUGUGAAUGUGAAAGCCUUUAUUCAAUCCAGGCAAUUUGGUUCCCAAGUUCCAGUUCUUAGUCCUUCACAUCAUGCUGUCUUUUAUUUGGUCACUAAAAAUAUUUUGCCCUCCUUCCCUCCAACAAAGGGUGCCAGUGAAUCCAUUCAUAAAUAAAAUAGUUGUUGAAGAACCUGCUAUGUAUCAGGCACUGUUCUUUUUUGUUUGUUUGUUUGUUUGUUUCUUUUGUUUUUGUUUUAAGAUGGGUUUUCACCAUGUUGGCCAGGCUGGUCUUGAACUCCUGACCUCAGGUGAUCCGCCCACCUUGGCCUCCCAAAGUGCUGGGAUUACAGGUGUGAGCCACCAUGUCCGGCCUUCAGGCACUGUUCUAAGAAUUACCAAUGAAGGAAAAAACUGACAAAAAUCCCAGCUUUAUGGACUUUAAAUUCUAUGGGGAAAAUGAGCAAAUUAAGCAAAAUCAAUUUAUAAAUAUGUUAGAAGAUGAUAAAGGCAAUGGAAAAAAUAAAGCAUGCCAAGACAGUAGAAGCUUCCUUCAAGUAAGAUAGAAGCUGCAGUCCUCAAAUAAGAUGGCCUGGGAAGGCCUCAUUGGAAAGGUGACUUUUGGCCAAAGAAUUAAAGGAGGUACAGGAGCAAGCCACACAGAUGUGCUGGAAGGAGGCUUCCAGGCAGAGGGAACAGCGAGAGCAAUAGGCACAUAGUGAAAGGAAGCCUCAGGGCCCUUCCUUUUCUGCAGAAGAAUUUGGUUUUAUGAUUUUUUCAGUUUUCUAGUUCUGUUUCCCUGGAGACCCCAUAAAGGUGGAAUGUUAGCUGUGUUACUAGGCAACAUUAUGGCAUAAAUGACUGCUGAUUGGUCAGCUGUAUCUGGCCUGGAAGAGCGAUAAAUGCCCUGUAGGAAGCUGUAUCAUUGGACUUCUGUGACUGUGCUGAAACCUGUGAUUCCGCAGGCUCCUUGACACAUCAAAGAUUGACCUAUUAAGUUACAGGAGAUACUGGUUCAAGAAAAGCCAGGCCAGUGUGCCAGAGAAAUGUCAUGCAAGACAAGAUAAUCUGCCUUCCGAAAAGAGUGCAGCCUGCUCAAAACCACUCUUCCCUUUCGAAUAUCUCUCAAGCAGUUGCCAGUACCACCCCACUGCCUCCACCUAAACCAUCUCCUGCUAACCCCAUCACUGUGGAAAUGAAAGGCCUGAAGACGGAUUUGGACCUUCAGCAGUACAGCUUUAUAAACCAGAUGUGUUACGAGCGAGCCCUCCACUGGUAUGCCAAGUAUUUCCCUUACCUGGUCCUCAUCCAUACCCUGGUCUUUAUGCUCUGCAGUAAUUUUUGGUUCAAAUUCCCUGGCUCCAGCUCCAAAAUAGAACAUUUCAUCUCCAUUCUGGGGAAGUGUUUUGACUCUCCUUGGACCACACGAGCUUUAUCUGAAGUGUCUGGGGAGGAUUCAGAAGAAAAGGACAACAGGAAGAACAACAUGAACAGGUCGAACACCAUCCAGUCUGGUCCAGAAGGCAGCCUGGUCAACUCUCAGUCUUUAAAGUCCAUUCCGGAGAAGUUUGUGGUUGACAAAUCUACUGCAGGGGCUCUGGAUAAAAAGGAAGGUGAACAGGCGAAGGCCUUAUUUGAGAAGGUGAAGAAGUUCAGGCUGCAUGUGGAAGAAGGCGAUAUUCUGUAUGCCAUGUAUGUUCGCCAGACUGUCCUUAAGGUUAUCAAAUUCCUAAUCAUCAUUGCAUAUAAUAGUGCUCUGGUUUCCAAGGUCCAGUUUACGGUGGACUGUAAUGUGGACAUUCAGGACAUGACUGGAUAUAAAAACUUCUCUUGUAAUCAUACCAUGGCACACUUGUUCUCAAAACUCUCCUUUUGCUAUCUGUGCUUUGUUAGUAUCUAUGGAUUGACGUGCCUUUAUACCUUAUACUGGCUGUUUUACCGUUCUCUACGGGAAUAUUCCUUUGAGUAUGUCCGGCAGGAGACGGGAAUUGAUGAUAUUCCAGAUGUGAAAAAUGACUUUGCUUUUAUGCUUCAUAUGAUAGAUCAGUAUGACCCUCUUUAUUCCAAGAGAUUUGCAGUGUUUCUGUCUGAAGUCAGUGAAAACAAAUUAAAGCAGCUGAACUUAAAUAAUGAAUGGACUCCCGAUAAACUGAGACAGAAGCUACAGACAAAUGCCCAUAAUCGACUGGAAUUGCCUCUUAUCAUGCUCUCUGGCCUUCCAGACACUGUUUUUGAAAUCACAGAGUUGCAGUCUCUAAAACUUGAAAUCAUUAAGAACGUAAUGAUACCAGCCACCAUUGCACAGCUAGACAAUCUUCAAGAACUCUCUCUACACCAAUGCUCUGUCAAAAUCCACAGUGCGGCUCUCUCUUUCCUGAAGGAAAACCUCAAGGUCUUGAGCGUCAAGUUUGAUGACAUGAGGGAGCUCCCCCCCUGGAUGUAUGGACUCCGAAAUCUGGAAGAACUGUACCUGGUUGGCUCUCUAAGUCAUGAUAUUUCCAAAAACGUCACCCUUGAGUCUCUGCGGGAUCUCAAAAGCCUUAAAAUUCUCUCUAUCAAAAGCAAUGUCUCCAAAAUCCCUCAGGCAGUUGUUGAUGUUUCCAGCCAUCUCCAGAAGAUGUGCAUUCAUAAUGAUGGCACCAAGCUGGUGAUGCUCAACAACUUAAAGAAGAUGACCAAUCUAACAGAGCUGGAGCUCGUCCACUGUGACCUGGAGCGUAUUCCUCAUGCUGUGUUCAGCCUACUCAGCCUCCAGGAAUUGGACCUAAAAGAAAACAAUCUGAAAUCUAUAGAAGAAAUCGUUAGCUUCCAGCACUUGAGAAAGUUGACAGUGCUAAAACUGUGGCAUAACAGCAUCACCUACAUCCCAGAGCAUAUAAAGAAACUCACCAGCCUGGAACGCCUGUCCUUCAGUCACAAUAAAAUAGAGGUGCUGCCUUCCCACCUCUUCCUAUGCAACAAGAUCCGAUACUUGGACUUAUCCUACAAUGACAUUCGAUUUAUCCCACCUGAAAUCGGAGUUCUACAAAGUUUACAAUAUUUUUCCAUCACAUGUAACAAAGUGGAAAGCCUUCCAGAUGAACUCUACUUCUGCAAGAAACUUAAAACUCUGAAGAUUGGGAAAAACAGCCUAUCUGUACUUUCCCCGAAAAUUGGAAAUUUACUAUUUCUUUCCUACUUAGAUGUAAAAGGCAAUCACUUUGAAAUCCUCCCUCCUGAACUGGGCGACUGUCGGGCUCUGAAGAGAGCUGGUUUAGUUGUGGAAGAUGCUCUGUUUGAAACUCUGCCUUCCGAUAUCCGGGAGCAAAUGAAAACAGAGUAACUUAUUUUUCGUUAAAAUUGGACUGAAACACGCUUCUACCAAAUACAGUGUGAAUAAUUAGGUAGUGUUAAUGCCUUUCCUAUUUUUUUCUCCUUUACACACAAAACAAAAUGUACACAAAGAUUGAGUAAGGAAUAUGUAUUUUUAAUAAAAAUUUAAUGGUAUUUUUUCAAUAUUAAUAUUUUAAAGUUUAAUUUGUCUUGAAACACAAUGUAUCUAUUAUCUACUGACAGAAGAGAUGGUUCCAUUCGUUGUGUUUUUUUGUUUGUUUGUUUUCAUUUUUUAGUUCAUUCUUGUGGAAAGGAGGGAAUUAUAAGUUGCAUGUUUUUUGGCAUUUUUUUAAAUAGAGGAAGAUAUUUUGCCAAGGCCAUUUUUAACUUGUUUACACCUGUACAGGGUCCUUAUUUUUGUUUUCAUUGUGUGUGUAUCAAGGAAUCUGUGCUAGUUAUUUUAAUACCAGCUGCCUUCUCCAUUGGCCAAGACCUUCAUUCAGUGGAACUUCACAUAAGUGCAUUGUCGCAUAUUAUCAGAGUAUUUUAAAUGUUCCUCUGCCUCGAACAAAACCCGAAAUUGUAUUAUUUCACAUACCUGACAGUUAUCAUUAUCCUUCGACAAGGUUUUUGUGAGUGAAGAAAAUAAUCUUUAGUGGUUGAUAUGUUUGAAUUGGUCAUUUAUCAUUUAAGUUAUUUGCAUUUUACCAACAUUUUAAAAAUAUUUAAAACCUAAAUACAGAGGCUCUUCCCACCUUAAUCUCAAUACUGCUAUGUAGUACUGGUGAACAACCUUGGAAAACCUAGAUUUAUUUUAAUAUUCUUGUAGGUAAUUAAAUUUAAAAAUUAUAGAAUUAGAAGCCUGGUUUUUUGAGUAAUGUAAUCAACUUUUAUAUCUUGAUAUGUGGCUGCAUUAGCUGGGAAAAAAUUUACUAAAGCACCCUGUUAAAGAGCUGGUGUGCUCCAGGGAGGCCCUCUCCUUUUCUCAGCGUAGUGUGGCAGUCGUAAUCUAUUCAAAUUUUGCCUGUUGAACAAAAUAAUCCACUUAUAUAUACAGUCAGCCUUCCAUACUUGUGGGUUCUGCAUCUAUGGAUUCAACCAACUGUGGAUGGAAAAUACUCAAAAUAAGUUGUAUCUGUACUGAAUACGUACAGACUUUUUUACUUGUGAUUAUUCCCUAAACAAUACAGCGUAACAACUAUUUAAAUAGCAUUUACAUUGUUCUAGGUAUUGUAAAUUACCUAGAGAUGAUUUUAAGUAUAUGGGAGGAUAUGCAUAGGUUAUAUGAAAUUACUACACCAUUUUAUAUCAAGGAUUUGGACAUCCUCAGAUUUUGGUAUCUGAGGGCAUCUUGGAAUCAAUUCCCCAUGAUACCAAGGGAUGGCUGGAUGUUGAUCAGUUUCCCUCAAGCCUGCCCUUGCUGUGAAUACUAGUGCUACAGGCACAGGAACUCUUAUCUGCUCUCUGGCUUAAAAUAUGUAUCUUAUCGAAAAUUGUUUGUUAAAGUGUGAAUAAAUUGCUAAGUUGUUGUUGCUUGGCAAUAAUUUUUGCCUGACCAUCAGCAGAGCUUUUAUUCACCUUUGUCCUUAAAAUCCAACAUAGCAUGGGCUCUUGGGCAAAAUAUUUCACUGACUAUUAAGCAUGUAGAACAGGAAAAUGAAAUACACUAUUUGUGCCCUUGAUGUAGAACCAGAAAUACUGAUGAUGAGAACUUCGUUUUAUGUACCAAAUUCACAUUGACCAUUUUCUAAGCUCUAAACUGAUUUAAGUAAGUUUUGUGACUUAACAAUGAAAGAAAGUAGAAAGAUGCUUUGGGUUUUCAAAAUGUUGUUUUAAAAAAUUGCUCCUUGGGUGAAUUUACCCAUUGCUACUUUGAGUUGUAUACAGAAGCCAAUGAUGAGAAUUGCUCCUCAGAAACGUGUGCCUAAGUUGUGUUUUAAACUUUACGAUACGUGGUGGGCUGAAGCAUUAGAGAAAGAGAUUCUUUGCCAGCUACAGUGGCUCAUGCCUGUAACCAGCACUUUGGGAGGCCGAGGCAGGCGGAUCACGAGGUCAGGAGAUCAAGAUCAUCCUGGCCAACAUGGUUAAAUCCCGUCUCUACUAAAAAUGCAAAAAAAAUUAGCUGGUAUGGUGGCACGGGCCUGUAGUCCCAGCUACUCGGGAGGCUGAGGCAGGAGAAUUGCUUGAACCUGGGAGGCCGAGAUUGCAGUGAGCAGAGAUCGUGCCACUAUACUACAAGCCUGGGUGACAGUUCAAGACUUCAUCUCAAAACAAAAAAGGGGGAAAGAGAUUAUUUUCAUUUGUUUAAUAAUCUAAGCAUACAGACCAAAGUGCUUUAAGUUUCUGCUCUAUGUUAAUGUUUUAGAAUGGUUAUUUUGCUAAUUUAUUUAGACCUGGAAUUGAAAUAGUAUGUUCAGAAUAAUAACAUGGUUAUAGUUCUUGUAUGAUAAAGUAUUCAAUUUCAGAAUAUUGUUGGAAUCCUGAGUUUGAAAAAUGUGUUGUAUUUAGAAACAUAGCCCUGUUUUUUGUUUUGUUUCAUUUUGUUUUGUUUUGAGACAGAGUCCCGCUCUGUUAUCCAGGCUGGAGUGCAAUGGCGCAAUCUUGGCUCACUGUAACCUCCGACUCCUGGGUUUAAGCAAUUCUCUUGCCUCAGCCUCCCGAGUAGCUGGGAUUACAGGUGACUGCCACAACACCCAGCUAAUUUUUUAUGUAUUUUUAGUAGAGGUGGGGUUUCUCCAUGUUGGCCAGCCUGGUCUCAAACACCUGAUCUCAGGUGAUCCAUCUGCCUCGGCCUCCCAAAGUGCUGGGAUUACAGGCAUCAGGUACCACACCCGGCCCUGUCUGUUUUAAACAAAUAAUUUAUUGGCAGAUUGUCCAUGGUUGAGCAUAAAAAAAAUACCUUGUUGAAAGACAAGCUUAGGUAACUGCUGGCAAAACACUGGGUGCACUAUUUUUCUGGAUAAAAUUUAUACUUACUUUCUGUGUUAUCUUUCAAAAGGGAUCUCUUCAGGUUAAAAUCACGUUUAUGCUGAAGUCUUUAGGGGUUAACUAAAAAUCUCAUAUGGGUUCAUAACUGAAGUUACUAAUACUUUAUUUUUAUCACUUGUAAAAAUUUGCUCAAAAUUUCAAAAAAUAUUGAUUUGUUUUUUAAUGAUUUUGCAGGCUGACCCCCAACCUAAAUUUUGAUAACAUCCAAUAAGUCAGUAUAGUUCUAUGACUUCAUGUUUUAACUAAGAAGGAAAAUUCAUAGAUAUUCCUAUUAGCUUUUAUAAAACUUCAAAAGUCUCAAACUUAAGUUUGAGUCUAAAUUUUCUGACACUGGCCCUUUUUAAUAUUGUAAGUUUUUGUUCGUUCACUUUCUUAAGUAAAAAGCAUUUAAUUACUAUUUAGCCUUUAAAUGGGAAACUCAGGUAAUGAACUGCUGACUUUUCUAAAGUUCUUUAACUGAUCAUUUCAGUAUAGAGGGAUAUUGACCUAAUCACUUUCUGUAUUUUACAAGUGCUCUUUCUAAAAAGGAAUAACUAUUAUAGCUCUAGUUCCCCAAUCUCUAUAGGAUUCAUGAAAAAUUGCUUCGUAUAAAUAUAAAAGCACCAUAUGUGUUCUUAACUCCUAUGGCUGCUUGAAGCUCAUGAUGGAUAAGCCUUUUGGUCAGUUUUAAUUGUUAAGUACAGAACAAACAAUUGUCUGUUGUGAUGGUCUGGUUGAAAGAGAGCAUUUAAGUAUAUCCCAGUGGAACUCACCAAAGAAGACCACACCUCAGAAACUACUGCGUUUUCUUGUUUUGUGUUGGAUUUGAUUUGCUUUUGUUUUUAAUACAGCUCUUUUAAUAUAAAGAUUCUUGGUACAGUGAAAUCUCUUAUUUCGAGUGUUAUUCUUCACCCACCUCUUCCCCUGCCAUUAUAUUUCCCAGCUAUUUCAAGGAGUUGUAACAAUUUGCAUUGCAUAUUAUGCAGUAGGUACUGCUUUUUCAGAAAGGCUUGGAAAACAUACCUGCUAUGAGUAGUUUGUUCAGAUGUAGCCAUUUACCUGGCUCUCAAGUCGUCUUUGUGGAGACAGUCUUAGACAAAAAUCUUCCUUGUUUGCUUGGGAUAAGUGAAGUCCAAAUUCUUACAAUAUGCUAUUUCAGGAUUUCUGAUAUUUAAAAAGAGAAGAGAAAAUCUUUAUUGACACUUUCCCCAAGAAGGGUUGUGCUGUUAUUUAUUUUUAUUUUCUAUUAUAAGAAAAGUCCAUCCUUUAAGUAGUUUCUUUUACCCUCUAAUUUCAUACCAAAUACCUGAUCAAUGGAAAUGAUAUAUUUAUUUAAGCAGCAAACAUUCCUGAUCCAUCAUAUGAAAUGUGUCAGCAAUAAUUAGUCGUGAACAGAUAAAAUCAAUUUCAAUAUAAUUCCACUUUGUUUUUAGAUACUAAAUUAAGAUUCAAUUAACAUUCUCCUCUGAAUUCUGAAUGUGAUAAUGUGAUUCAAACAGUCACAUUUUUAGUAGGAUCUUAGUAACUCAGGAUAGCAUUCCAUACUAACCUCAAGUUAGCAAAACAAAUUAGCAAAACAGCUUGGUUAUCAGUGAGGAGGCUGCCUAAAGAUCAAGAAGAUUUUCUCUUUUCUUUCUAUUUAGAAACAUUGCAAGAAAACUUGGAUAGUCUUCACCAGACCUGCCAUGAUUUUUUGAGAUUUAGGCCUCAGUGACAUGCUUCUGAAAGUUUCCUGCCAGCCUUCCAAACUAAGCAUCCACUCUUCCAUCUUCCUGAAGUCACUCACCAAUAAAGGUAGCAUUUUUAAGUCUAUUUUUGAGAGGUAAAGGAGAGUCUCUCCCUGCCAAAGGGAAUUUUUUUUUUAUCAGAAUACCUUGAAAAGGGGAUAUAUAAAUUUGGAAAACUUAAUUUCUUGAUCGUGUUCAAUAACAGUUUCUAUGCAUGGUUUUUAAUGUGAUAUAAAUGUGUUUCUUUCUUCAGAAUACCUCUCUUCACUCCCACCACCUCAUUCUGUCUAUUUAAUGAAUAUUUUUAUUGGAGUUCAAACUCCAUGCCUUAUGUGCUCACUCAGUUUUCUUUUUUACCCUGUUUACUCUGUCUGUAUGUAUUCAGAUUGUGUCAAAUGCUGGCAAAACCUCUAAAACAGUCAAGAAAAUGCUUGAAAGUUGAUUUGUCAUAGUGCAAACUCAUGAUAAAAUGUCUUAAUGUUAUUUGGAUAUGUAGUAUAUAGAAACAGAAAAAUAAAGUAGUUUUUUUAACUUAAAA